AUGUGCCAUCGAAGGCCAGACGGUGGCAGCGCACCAUGUCCUGCGUAUGUCCUGGCGACCCGUCUUCUCCAAGACAAAAGCUACAUACCUUAUGGCUCUUUUCAGAGGCACAAUGAUGCAGAGGGUGACCGUUUCGGCUACUUCGGAGGCACACUAGCUACGGCCAAAACAAUUCCAACCCGCCUCAUCCUCCGACGUCGAACCCUGCAACUGCCACUAGCAACCAGCCCACGGUGGCCCGAUUCAAAGACAGAGCCAUCCUUAGCGCAACUAUCCGGUCUCCUUGCCGAUAUCAUUGUAAUUUUGGAGUUAAGCAGUCCUGGGGUGUCAGGCCACCCUUCGACAGCGCACGGUGGAGUCCUGGCGAGCUGCUUCGACGAGACAAUGCACAAGGCUGUCAUGGCACACUUGUUAGAGACCCGACAAGUAGGGAAGCCUUAUACGGCGCAGCUUGAUAUUCGGUAUCACCGACCUGUGCGAGUUCCGGGUUUGCUCAUUAUUCGCGCAAAGGUGGUAGCGAGGACAGGGAGGAAAUUCUGGGUGCGUGCGGUUGCCUCCCAGCAGCUGGAUCAUGGAGAGGAAACUCUCACAACUGAUGCGGUUGCAUUGUUUCUGCAGCUGGGCGAUUCGACGACAUGUCGCCUAUGA